ACAUUUGACAGCGCGCGUGUUUGCACGUUUAUCUCAGCGGGCUUUACGUAGGCUCCACAGCUCUACGACAGCUCUAACGGGGACCUUACGGUUAUUCGUUCGUUAAACGUGUCAAUGAAAUGUUUCACAUAGAAAUUUUUAAAUUAAAGAACUGUUUAAAAACUUUUUAAAUAAUACUAAAAUUUGGAACUGGCACACGCGUCGCGUAUACGCCGCGUUAUCAAUCUCUUUUCACCUCCGUCGCUUGGCGCACACUAACAGCAAAAACAACAACAGCCACCACAACAACAACAAUAAUAAUGGCAUUGUGGUGUUCAAGGUAUUAAAGUGAUUUUAAAAUAUGACAACCGCAACGGCAACAACAACAACAAAAAUCAGCAACAACAACAACAGCGACGGCAGCUACAACAAAUUAUGAGCAUUAAAAUGAUAAAUAUGUGUAUGAACGCAACAGCAACAACAACAAUAACAAAGAUGAUUUUAUGAUCAAGCGACUAUAACAACAACAAAUUUAACGAAUUUGAUCAAAAUAAAUAGAAGCUGAAAUAAGCCAAUCAAUAUUUGCUUCUUGUUAAAAUGGCAGAUCAAGCUGGCCAAGAUAUAAAUAGCCAUAAAGCUGUCCAACAGCUGCCCAAAACCGCCUCCUCACCCACUGCCCUGAAUGUGGUGACUAAACGCGCCACGCCCACCACCCUGUCGCCCCUUUCGCGGCACAGUCAACUGUCGGACAGCGGCGCCGAAAGCUGCGGCGAUAACGAUGAGCAACGUCUCAUUCGGGGUCCCUCGAUGCGGCCACACAAGUACAUCAUAAUACCGGCCACGCCCACUUCGCCGGUGGGUGGUAGUGGGGCGGCACCACAGCUGCCAUUUAGGCAGACCAAUUCCACCACCUCGUUGGUGGCAAUGGCAGCGGCUUUGCAGAAACAACAGACGCCACGUCAGACGCCGUCGGUCAAGUCGCGUCCCAGCUCGGAUGUCAUCCAGCCGCAACAGUUGCAGCAACAUCUGCAGUUGCAACAACAACAACCACAGGCGACAUCCACCUCAACGGUCACCUUCACCAUUGAUGACUGCGAUGCAGAGGCGGAGCCGGACACGGCAGCUGUGGUUGCCCCUCCUCCUGCUCACUUUACGCCUGCCACGCUGACCUGCACCACUACAACCACGAUGGCUGGACACGAUGCACUCGCCAUUUCCCCCCUCAGCUACGAUUUGCGCCAUCGACUGGGCAGCCAUCACAGCAGCAUGCGAUCCGUCGUCUCAGCUUAUCUUCCUGGUCUAAGCGAUAGCAGCUGUAAUCUCGCCGGCAGCUCGGCCGCCAAUUCCGGACUGCAAGCCCCAAUCCCCUACAUGCAACCGCAGGCCUCUCUCAGAGGCAGUUCCUAUAACUUUCAUGAGCUCGCUGGUGGCAAUCAGAUUUACUCGGAUGUCACAUCCGUUCGCUCCUUGGCCUCCAUUGGCAUUGGGUCCACGGAUGGACGCAAGUUGGUCAUUAGACGGGUUCCAACGACAGCCAACGAGUUGUUCGACAUGGUUAAUCCACAAACACCACCACCACUGGGCAUCGAUGACGAUGACAGCUACAUGGACAUGUCCGACGAGGCGGCCCAUUUGAAACCGCGCCAACAGCAUUGGGCCAACAAAAUGCAGUUUGUCUUGGCCUGCAUUGGUUACUCCGUUGGCCUGGGCAAUGUCUGGCGUUUUCCCUACAUGUGCUACAAAAGUGGAGGGGGUGUGUUUCUAGUACCUUAUUGCAUAAUACUCUUCAUAUGCAGCAUACCGUUGCUAUUUAUGGAGCUGUCUGUCGGACAAUACACGGGACGAGGUCCCAUCGGAGCACUGGGUCAACUUUGUCCCCUUUUCAAGGGAGCUGGACUGGCCAGUGUAGUUGUCUCCUUUCUCAUGUCCACCUACUACAGCGUCAUUAUAGGUUAUUCAAUUUAUUACUUUUUCACAUCGUUCAAAACGGAAAUGCCGUGGAUUGACUGCACCAACAGAUGGAACACUCCCGAUUGUUGGGUGCCACAGAGCAAGGAGAUGAAUAUCACCGCACCGAAUACAUCACGCACACCCUCCGAGGAAUUCUUUGAAAAUAAAGUGCUGCAGAUAAGUGCGGGAUUGGAGUAUCCAGGCAUGAUGCGUUGGGAACUCUUUGCCUGCCUUGUGUGCGCCUGGUUGAUGGUUUACUUUGCCACCUGGAAGUCCAUCAAAUCCUCCGCGAAGGUGCGAUACUUUACGGCCACAUUCCCAUUUGUGCUCAUCAUCAUUCUCAUGUUUCGAGCGGUGACUCUGAAGGGAGCCGACGAGGGAUUACGCUUCUUUUUCCGACCCAAUUGGUCGGAGCUAAAGAACUCGAAUGUUUGGAUCAAUGCAGCCUCACAGAACUUUAAUUCCCUGGGCAUUACAUUUGGUUCGAUGAUCUCGUUUGCCAGCUACAACAAGUACAACAACAACAUACUCCGAGACACGAUUGCCGUGAGUGUUGUGAAUAUAUUGACCAGUUUACUGGUGGGCAUCUUUGCCUUCGCCACACUGGGGAAUCUCGCACUGGAGCAGAACACGGAUGUGGGGAACGUGAUUGGCGAUGGUCCCGGCAUGAUAUUUGUUGUGUAUCCACAGGCCAUGGCCAAGAUGCCGUAUGGCCAACUCUGGGCCGUCAUGUUCUUCUUCAUGCUGCUGUGUCUGGGCCUCAAUUCACAGUUUGCCAUAGUCGAGGUGGUCGUCACUUCCAUACAGGAUGGUUUUCCACGCUGGAUCAAAAAGCAUUUGGGAUAUCAUGAGAUUGUUGUGCUCUUUGUCUGUGUCAUCUCGUGUCUGUUUGGCCUGCCGAACAUCAUACAGGGUGGCAUCUAUUAUUUCCAGUUAAUGGAUCACUAUGCCGCCUCGGUGACAAUUAUGUUUCUGGCCUUCUGCCAAAUGAUUGCCAUUGCCUGGUUCUACGGCACCGGGCGACUCUCCAAGAAUGUUAAGCAAAUGACCGGAAAAGCGCCAUCCUUCUACUUGAAAUCCUGCUGGCUCAUCCUAGGACCUUGUCUGCUCUUUGCCAUUUGGGUGCUGAGUCUGGUGAACUACAAGGAGCCCACGUAUCACAAUGGACGCUAUACUUAUCCAGACUGGGCCUAUGGCAUUGGCUGGAUGUUUGCCUCCCUCUCAUUGAUCUGCAUUCCCGGCUAUGCCAUCAUCAACUUUAUGCGCGCCGAUGGCAGCAACUUCUGGGAGCGCAUAAAGAUUACGUUGCGACCGAAUAUUUACGAGUGCAAGAUUUGCGGUGAACAUCACUGCGAACACGAUUAUCCGGAGCAGGAGCAAUAUAUGCUGGCACAGGAACUGGGCAAUAUGUACAAGCCAAGCACACAGGGAGCGGGUCAAAAGCCGGGUUACAAUGCAAUGCAUCCAUCCCAUACAACGCCCAUGCAACAUGGACUCCAAACGGAAUACACAUAUCAAUCCAAGGAGGAGCAAUCAACGCAUCCGACAACAGAUCAACAAAGUGUUAAGUAGAGCUGCCAAAACCAGGAGGAGGCCUAGUUUUCUGUUCAAUUGUUAACAAUUUCUGAGUAUUUCUUAAAUAUAAUUUUUGUUUUAAUUUGCAAACAAUAAACGCAAUUAUAAUUUAUAUUU